UGGAAACGAAACAUAGGAUUCCUGACUCGCUUACUACAAAGUCGCCAUGGCAUCACUUAUUGUUAAGACCGCUGCACCUUCAAUGCGCAACGGAAUGAAGUUGGCAACCGUCAGCACUGUUGCUCGCCGUUUCGCGUCAUCCGGCAAAGAGAUUCAACAUGGUACCAUUGAUACAGAUGUUUAUCCCGCUGAUGCCGUCUCUGGAGCACCUGAGGCCCUUCGUGAGCGCACUGUUCGUAUCUACCGCCCAGCUAGAACCGCAACUCAAUCCGGCAAGCAAGGUGCCAAACUCUGGAAGAUUGAUUUCGAUAUCUUGCCCGACGGUGCACGCUGGGAAAACCCUCUUAUUGGAUGGGCCUCCAGUUCCGAUUACCAACAGGCCUUGACCAUGAAGUUCGCUGAGAAAGAUCAAGCUAUCUCAUUUGCCGAAAAGCAAGGAUGGAACUACUAUGUCCAAGAACCCAAGGAGGUCAAGUUUAUUAAGAAGUCGUAUGCUGACAACUUCAAGUACUCUGCAGGAAAGCUGAGAAACAUCAAGACCAAAUAGAUAGAGCGUUUGAUAUUUUGUUUGCUAUUUCGUAAUUACGCUUUGCUCAAUCAGUCCAGCGAACGCUUUGUAUAAACCCCCAUCUCGAAAAGAUAAAUGCCAUAAAAAAGAAAGGAAUGAUAUCGGACUUGCAAUGCCAUCGGUAGACCCUGCGUGAAGCUUUUUAUUUGAACUUGGUAUGUAAUAACUUUGAUGGUUCACCGUGUUUUUUUAAAAGCCAAACGGUCGAGUCAUAGCGGCAUCUGAAAUAUCCAAUCCAGUGUUGACUGGUUACUUGCCAAGCUCAG